CAUACACACACAUGCGUGUGUAUCAUUAAUUAUACUUGGAGUUUUGUUUUCAAGUCCUUGGAAGCCAAGCCGGCAAUUUUCUUCGAGUAUGAGAAGUAAAGUCGAGGAGAGCUUCACGGAUUUCUUCGAGAAAUGGAUGGCGCAGCUUGAGGAGUGUGCCCAGUUGCUCCUCAUUGCGGCCGAGAACGAGAAAGAUCACGAAUUUUUGGUGAAUAAAUUGACUACCCACUACAAGAAUUACUACACCGCCAAAUGGGCGGCGGCGCGUGAGGACGUUCUGGCGUUCUUCGCCCCCGUGUGGCUGACGUCCUUGGAGAGCGCGUACUUGUGGGUGACGGGGUGGAAGCCGUCCACGGCGUUCCGGCUGGUCGCCGGCGAAGGGAUGAGCGAGGAGCAGAUGAAGAAGGUGGAGGUUUUGCGGGGGAAGAUCAAGGCGGAGGAGGAGAAGGUGGAGAGGGAGAUGGAGCGGCAGCAGGUGGCCAUGGCUGACCGGCGGAUGGUGGAGCUUGCUCGCCUGGGCGGCGGCGACACGGUGGCGGAUGUGGCGGUGAAGAACAUGCUUGGUGGUCUUGAAAAGGUGAUGAAAAUGGCUGAUUGUGUGAGGCUGAAGACACUGAAAGGGUUGCUGGAUGUGAUGGGUCCCACACACAGUAUACACUUCUUGGCUUCUGCUUCAAUGCUUCAGAUUCAGAUGAGGAAAUGUGGGAAGACACAACACAAUCUUAGUCUCAUCACAAAUUCAUCAUAGUAAAAAAAUUAAAAAAAAAAAUUAGAUUUAAUUUCCAGUUUCAUUUAGUCUUGUAUUAGAACAUGUAUCUGGAAUUAGAGGAGAUUGGAGUGCAUUUGGUAGCUUCUGAAAAAGGAACCAUUUUCACUUUUGAUUCAA